GAAAGAUUGCCUAUUUUGCGGUUUGCGAAGGGACAGCGGACGAUGGGCUGCUGCUUCUCCAAGGAAGACGACGCGGGCUACGAGGCCAAGGAGAAGCUCCUGCCCAAGGCCCACAAGGACGUGGUGACGCGCGAGCUACCCAAGCCGACCGGCAGCUACAAGUCGCCCGACGUCACGGCCCAAGCGCCUGUCGAGAAGAAGCGAACGCCGACCAAGCCGACGUACGAGGCGCCAAAAGCACCGAUCGAGACCAAGCCGAUGCCACCGCCGCGAACGGAGCCAAGCCCCGUGGCCGUGGCGCCAUCGAUUGCGGUGGCGGCGCCAUUGCAGCCCGAGCCAAGCCCGCCAAGAGAUGUGGCAGAGGCUUCGCUAGCGCCUGCAAGUCGCAAGACGACGGACGUCGCUGACGAGGCGCAUCUGGACGCUACUCAUGCCACAAAGCCACAGGUGCAGCCCACGGCACCCGCGCCGGCAGCGCAGCCAACUGGUUCGUUCACCGUACCGCAAUCACCCAUCGCCAAGGCGCUUUCGCCACUUGAGAAGACUCCGUCGCCGGUCAACAAGCCUCCGACGCCCGUUGCGGCGCCUGCGUCCCCUAUCAAGGUCGCAUCGCCAGCGAGCCGCAAGAGCUCGUGGACCGAGGUGGGUGUGGACGACGCGACUCCCGUAAAGGAGGCGAAGGCGCCAUCACCGGUCGCUCGGAAGUCUUCAGUCCAAGACGAGAAGGCGCCGUCACCGGUUGCCCGGAAGGCGUCAGUGCAGGACGAGAAGGCUACAUCGCCCGUCGCGCGCCAAGCCUCGAUCAACGAGUCCAAGCCAACCGCGAGUGCGGCCCCCCAGGCCAAGUUGGUGCACACCCAAUCGUCCAUCUCGGAACAAGAUUCCACCGAGCUCUCUCGCAGUCGAGAGAGCUCGCACGCCUCGAACGAAGGCGACGACGCCAAGGACGACAAGCCUGUCGAACAAGCCGCUCCGGCGGCGACAGCGUCCAAGGGCAAGAAGAAGAAGAACAAGAAGAAGAAGGGCAAGGGCAAUGCGUAGGCGUACUUGCUGUUCUGUUUGUGCAUCCGGCCUCGAAAUCAAUAUAUGCGUGAUUAUCGUCGCGCCCAAGGAUUAACCCCAAGCACCACAAGGUGUCUCCUUGUUGCGU